AUGGGGAUCACAGUCGACCGUGUGGCUAGCCCGGGACAUAUCCAGUCUUCACAACCAAAAUUCAAAUGGCAACUCGAAAAAACAGUGGCCCUCAAGAUAAUCAACAUUAAUAACGCUGACGAUGCUCUUCAUGAGAAGGAAUUUGAAAAUCAUAUUACAAAGCAACAUUCCGCGCAUCGUGACCGCGUAAUUCUCCGCACGUGCAUGGAUGACUUUGAAGUAUCUGGUCCAGAAGGAAAGCAUCUGUGUCUUGUGUACGAGCCGAUGAGAGAGCCACUCUGGAUCUUUCAGACUCGCUUCGUUGAUCGCAAGAUUCCUCUCCCUAUUGCAAAGGCCUAUAUCUAUUUUCUCCUCGUUGGUCUCAAUUAUCUUCACUCAGAGUGCAAAGCUGUCCACACAGAUCUCAAGCUUGGAAAUAUUCUGAUAAACUUCGAAAAUGAAAGCAUUUUGACCGAUUUUAUUCAACGACGACAACCGAUGCAAUACAAGGUUGAUAACGAGAGCGGCCGGCACAUCUACCGCUGCUAUAAUGAUUUUGGUCCCCUUGACGCAAACCACAUCAAGAAUAUGAUUCCUAAACUGGCCGAUUUCGGUCUCGCAGCCAGACUCGAUAAACUAUGUCCCCGAAACGGGAUAGCAGGAGAGCAACUAGGCAUCUACCCUAUCCAACCGGACUAUUACCGUGCCUCAGAGGUAAUCCUGGGCUGUGGUUGGGAUUCCAAGGCAGAUAUCUGGAAUUUUGGCGUGCUAUUGUGGAACAUCCUCGGGAAUAAGGCGUUGUUUCAGCAGGUACACAAUACAAACGGCCAAUACGAUGCAAAGUCACACGCCGAAAUGAUUUCUUUAGUCGGUUCUCCACCUGAAGCCCUGCUCGCUAAAUCCAAAGCGAUGUCAGAGCACAACUGGCCCGAGUCUGUCACGAAUGACACUGGAGCACUCUGCAAUAAUGCUCAAGAGUUUUUUGGUGGCCCAUUCUUCAACGCAAAAGGCCAAUUUUGCUAUAAUGAAUUGAUCCGUCCAGAACGUUAA